GAAGGGGCGCGCCGUCCUGCAAGAGGGAAGCGGCCCAUUGCGCCCCUCGCUCGCUCGCGGAAGGAUGGCGGUGCCCGGCUGGGAGCGCGCGGCCCGGCUCCUGCUCUGCGCGGCGGGGCUGGCGCUGUCUGCUUACGCUUUCCACGUGGAGACCUCGAAGGAGCGGGACGCCGCCUACCGGGCCAUGUGCGACAUCAGCGCAGCCGUCAGCUGCUCCCGCGUCUUUACUUCCAGGUGGGGUCGUGGUUUUGGCUUGGUGGCCACGUUUCUGGGACCUCGUAGCGCGUUCAACCAGCCUAAUAGUGUCUUUGGGAUCGCUUUCUACACCCUGCAAAUCCUUCUGGGCUUCUCCAACAGCGGCCUGGCGGCCAUUGCUCUGCUGGGCUCUUCGGUCGUCUCCAUGGUUGGCUCACUGUACCUGGCCUACAUUCUGUUCUUUGUGCUCCACGACUUCUGCGUGGUCUGCAUCAGCACCUACCUCCUCAACUUUGCCCUCCUCUUGCUCAACUAUAAGCGCCUCGGCUACCUCAACCAGGCCUGGAAGCGCCCCGUGGCCAAAGCCAAGAGGCGGUGAAUGAAGGCGGCAUGUCAGACUGGGAAGUCCUGCAAGGGUGAAGGUUUCCCAGGGGGUCUCGCUUACCUCUGGUGUUUUCUUAAGCACUGGGUUGGAUCUGAACCAAAUUCAUUGCGGUUAGGUCCCAUUGAAAUUCAAGGUGAAAAGUUUGUCAUUAGUCUUAUGGACUUCAGUGGGAACUAAAUGCAAGUAGCUUGGUCAGGAUCCAACCCGUUAACUGUUUCUACGUCACCUGAAUGCUCUUCCAGCUUGGAAAACGUCUUCCCUGAAAUCGAUGAGAUCAGCAUUCCACUUCUCUGAGCCUUCGGACUCCAUUCAGAUUAGCUUAUGAACCUCCAUUUUGGAACUUAAAUGGAUGCAGUUUUUGGUUGGGCCGACCUACAGAUAUGUAAAUCAAGCCCUUUGUUCCUUUCCUUGUUUCUUUUUAAUACAAUUUUUAUAGCUCUUUUUAGGGGGGGAAAUGUAUACAGAUCAGUUUGUAAAAUACAGCUAAUCGUGAUCACUUUGAAAAGCGUUGAAAAGCUGUUACGUCUCUUCUCAAAAUUGGGCAGAACCAGCUUGUGACUGGGCCUGGCUUACGUUCUUGAAGCACAAACGAAAGCUCAUCCUUUCUCCCCAUCAUUUUUACAUAAAAGGAGGGCCCUUCUGUUAGGAAGGCUGAGGCAGGCCACAGAUUGUGAGGUACCUUUAAAAAGCUAGCAAACUGUAAAUUAUUUUCAUUAGGAUUGAAACCGCAAGGCCAAGGAUGGCCCCUCGAGUUGUUUUUGGACUCUUGUUCCCAUCACCCCUGGCCAUGCUGCCUGGGGCUGAUUGAGCCCAGCAACCACUACAUGUUUACCAUUAUAUUUGUACCACUACAGUGGGAUGGGAAAUUUGGUUUUGCAGCCUUAGGUACCAAAAAACCUGGGUCUGGCAAAAUAUGGGUGAGCAGACACUUUUCAAUUUGUUUUCUGCAGGUUUCAGCACAGCUGUCAAUACCCAUUUUCAGAGAAAGUAAGGCAGAGUAUACCUUAGAACAGGCAUCCCCGAACUUCGGCCCUCCAGAUGUUUUGGACUACAAUUCCCAUCAUCCCUGACCACUGGUCCUCUUAGCUAGGGAUCAUGGGAGUUGUAGGCCAAAACAUCUGGAGGGCCGCAGUUUGGGGAUGCCUGCCUUAGAACAUCUUUGUACCUUAGAACUAUCUGGUGGGGGGGACCGGGACCAUGCAGCUGACUUAGGCACCCUGGGGCCCCCCCAGAAGCCUAAGACUGCAACUCUCUUCAGUCUCAGCCAGCAGCUGGUUGGAGCUGAUGGAAGUUGUGGUCCAGAACAUCUGGCAAACACCAGGUUGACGAUGGUUGGCAUACACUAUAAAGUUGAAAGUGAAUGACUUAACUUUUUUCCAAUUUGAAAUGGUGGUUAUAUUUCUCCGUAUGUGCUCCCAGCCAACUGCAGGGGUCACUGUAAAGCCACCGAUAACAGCUUGGAAGUGAAAGCAAGAAAUUGUUUUUUUUGUAUAAAGCACAAUAGAGCCAUCCAAGAAUAUGGUUACCAGAUAUCCCCGUUUCCCAGGGACAGUCCCCGGCUUUACAAAUCUGUCCCUGGAAAAAAUCUAUCCCCGGAAUGUCCCCGGAUUUCAUUUAAUGUCCCCGGAUUUAUAUUUUAAGUGUUGUAGAUUUAUUAGUAGGGAAUGGAUGUUGCGUGAUUGGUUCAACGGCACAAGAUACAUCAUAUGGGGACUUCCGGCGAGGCAAAAUGGCAGGCGGCACAGCAGUGAGCAGCUCCUGAAGCCAGCCAGAGCCAACUGCGCUUCCGGGCUGCUGAGACUGCCGCUGCUGCCGCCACUGCCAAGGAGGAACCGGGGACACCCGGCGCAUCAACUGGGGGAACCGCUGACCCCCCCCCACCAGUGACCCAAAUCGAGGCGGGUGCAAGAGCACCCGGUCACCCGCCCAGCGGCACUCCGGGGCCGGGAAAACCCCAGAGCUGAGGCAGGGAGAAGCAGGAGAGGAGAAGGAGAAGGAAGAGAGAAAAAGAGGAAGGAGAAAAAAGAGGGGAGCCCCAACCUUGCCGUGCCGCUGCCGCCACCACUGCUGAGGAAGAGAGGGAGGAGAGCACCGGGAGGGCAAGGACACAUGGCCGAGCCCAGGUCCGACCCGAGCCUAUUCCACGCCGGCUAGCGCUCCAAGAGAGCAGGCUGGGGCCCAGAGGAAGGCCGCGCGACAGAGGAGACCACAGAAGAGAAGAUAUUACUUCUUAAUAUAUAUUUUUAAAUAAUUUUUUAAAAUAACUUUUUUUUCACUUUUCAAAAAAAAAAAGUGUUCCCGGAUUCUUUCUAAGAAAGAAAACAGCUUGCCACCUAAUUCGAGAAAUCAUGAUUGAUAAUGAGAGUCUCGAUUGAUUCAAUCAGCAUAAAGUUACAUAUGAACAAAAACAAACACAACUUUUUCUUCUGAAUGUACUUUGCAUUUCAGUGUUGUUGCAUCAGGUCACAUCUUAGAAGAGGUAGUGAGUCCUGCAUGAAACAGAAAAGGGAAUUGUUUUUUUUCCUAAGGUGCAGCCUUAACUUUUUAAAUAAGUGCUUGUAUUAAUAGGGUCCACCACACUGCUUUGCUUCCCAGAUUAUCAAGAGCACUGUAAAAACAACAAUUAGUCAAAGGAUAUUUGAUUAAACUGAUUGACCAAUUUAAAUAGCAAUCCUGGCAGAAAGAAAAACCUCUAUACCAAUAAAAAAUCUCUGGAGAAACCAG